UCAAUCAGGCUUAAUGGGGUAUAAAACCUGCCCGUAGCGACUGAGAGCCGGGCAAGGCAGAGCAGAAAGUGCCCGGAAGGGCUAGAGGCGGGUUUGCUGCCUCGGAUCACCAGCAAUCCGGGCAAUUUCCUGAACUCCCAGAAUAGCCAUGAGCUGUCUGGAAAGGACUGCCGUCUCCAGGGCAAGCGGCGUCUCCUCCUCCUGCCGCCGGGUCGGCUGCUGCUGCGGGGUGGCUGGCCGAGGGCAGAAGCGAAACCUCGGCCACGUCGCGGGGGGAAGCCGCCACCGCCGCCGGCGGCUCUGAAUGAGAGCGCUGCGCUCUGGAAACUUCUGGCGCGGCGGGCGCGCCAGGCUCCUCGCCCUUCGGCAAUGCGGCGGCUUCCUCGCUCGCGCUCCUCCGCAGACGCCAUCGAGGGCUGCCGGCUCCGGUUGUGACGGGCCCGCGGAGUCAGUGCGGGUCACCUUGCGCGCUACCUGCCCGUGACGGUCCUGCAAGGGGCGGGCGAGGAAGGACUGGGAGGCGGCUCCGUCCCGGAGAGGGCUGCGGGCGCGGAUUGGCGUCGGGUCGCCCCGCUCCGGCAGCAGGGUACGCGCCACUCUCGGGCACAGGAUCGCGCAACUCGGGCGCAGGGCCGCGCAACUCGGGCAGCCGGGUUUCGACCAGAGAAGACACCCCCUCCCCAAAUCAUCUUCGUCAUCAUCGGGAGGGGGGAGAGGAGAGAAGGCGCUUGCACCCCCCCCUCCUCCUCCCAAGACCAGGAUGGUGUGGAGACGGCUGGGCGCUCUGCUGCUGCUCCCCGUCCAGCUGUUCUGCUUGGUGCUGAAGGCGGCGCUGUGCGCGCUGCUGCCGGCCAGGCUGCGGGACUUGUCGGCCGACAGCGUGCUGAUCACCGGCGGAGGCAGAGGCAUCGGGCGCUUCCUGGCCAGGGAGUUCGCCAAGCGCGGCGCCCGCAAGAUUAUCCUGUGGGGCCGGACGGAGAAGUGCCUGAAGGAGACCGCGGAAGAGAUCCGAACCAUGGGGACCGAGUGCCAUUAUUUUAUCUGCGAUGUGGGGAACCGAGAGGAGGUCUAUCGGCAGGCCAAGGCUGUCCGUGAAAAGGUGGGGGAUAUCACCAUCCUGGUGAACAACGCGGCCGUCGUGCACGGCAAGAGCCUGAUGGACAGCGACGACGACGCCUUGCUGAAAUCGCAACACAUCAACACCCUGGGACAAUUCUGGACCACCAAGGCUUUCCUGCCACGGAUGCUGGAGCUGCAGAAAGGCCACAUUGUCUGCCUGAACUCGGUCCUGGCCUUGUCCGCCAUCCCGGGGGCUAUUGAUUAUUGCACCUCCAAGGCCUCCUCCUUCGCCUUCAUGGAAAGCUUGACGCUGGGGCUGCUGGACUGCCCCGGGGUGAACGCAACCACCGUCCUGCCCUUUCACACCAGCACUGAGAUGUUUCAGGGCAUGAGGAUCAGAUUCCCAAAACUUUUCCCGCCGUUAAAGCCAGAAGUGGUGGCCCAGAGGACAGUGGAGGCUGUUCAGCAGAACCAAGCUUUCCUCCUCCUUCCGUGGACGAUGCACAUUCUUGUCAUCUUGAAAAGCAUUCUCCCGCAGGCCGCUCUGGAAGAAAUCCACAGGUUCUCUGGGAGUUACACUUGCAUGAACACUUUCAAGGGACGCACGUAGGCACCGCGCUUAGCUCAGACCCUCAAACCAGAACGGGCCGCCGUCCGACGGGGGCAGCCGCAGGCCUGCCCCUGCUUGUGUGACUGCUCUUGCUUGAAGCCAAGGCUCUGCAGCCUUUCUGAAGGAUGGACCGGCCUGCGUGGCGGAACGCCAUGGGACUCUCUCCCCGCCGAGGGAGAACGCACCGGGACGCUUGUGGACGACCCUUCGGAAACCGAUUUUCCCCCUUCGCUCCUUUCCAGCUUUAACUCUCGCAGCUCCCCCACGCUCUACCCGCUGCACUUCUGCCUGCUAACCAGCAACUGCAAAUGAAUUUAGAGGAGGGAUUUCCCCAGUGCCUGAAAGCUUUGCUAGCCGAGAUCAGCCCGUGCUUUUCAUUACCGCGCCGGGACGCCACGGUUCUCUAGUCAAUCAUGCCUUUUUGGCUUCUCCGUGCCCUGGAAAGAGGAUGGAACGUUCCUUUCUAAGGGAGAGCUGAAGGGGCCAUGCUUGCAAAGAGCACUAGGCUCUCCUUGAUGCUGCCAUAUGGCCUUAUGUGGGGAAGACUGCACCGGAACAUGGAGGUUCUAUCCCUGACUUUCAUGGCACAGGCAUCCAGAGGACUUUUCCCAGGGGCGGGCAAGGUCUGUAGUCCCACCUGCUUAGGGGUGCCACGUUCUGGUUUUCCAACUCUGGGCGCCUAAUUUGCAUAUUAUGUAAAUGGGCUUGAAAAUAAUUUCUGAGCAGAAGAGUGACUGCAUGUUUUGCUCCAUAACUCUGCUUCUACAAGGGCUAGAGCUUAGCAUUUUGUUUUUGUAUUUUUUAAAAAUGAAAGCUGAAAUCCGGGCGAAUCCAGGUGGGCUAAGCAAUCCAGGUGAGAGGCUUAAAAUCCGAGUGAAACCCAGGUGGGCAGGUCCACUCUACACUUGCUUGAGAAUAAGCCCCGCUGAAUUCAGUGGGGCCGGUUCGAUCCAGAGGAGGGUAACUGCCUCUCUUGUGACUUUGGGUUGUUGAAGGUCCCUGAUAGAUCAAAUCCGGCAGCCUGCUUCUCAUCCGAUGCUGCGCCCCUGACCUUUUGCACGGGGAUGCUGCCAUACGAUCCGUCCCGGCCAUCUGCCAUGAUUGGGACAGGUUCCAGGGAUCUUUGGCCCUUUUCUGGGGCUGGUGGGGGUUGUAAUCCGGCAACACCUGGGGAUCCAGGGUUAAGAACCGCUGUUGCAGUGGCCUGCUUCGGAUAGAUCCAUGUCCUCGUCUGUUCUGAGAAUAACAGCCAGCCAGAUCCCCUCUGGAGAUCCCCACGAGCAGAUGAUAAAGCUUAAGACCCCCCCCCUCUUCUUUGUCCCCCCCAAGGGUCUCUGCCUCCAAGCAAGGGGAAGCCAUUUUUACUGCUCAGGGUGCCUAGCUCUUCAGAGAUCUCGCUUGACUGCUGCCCCUUCUGGGUGGGGCGCAGCCAGUGAAGCUAAGUUCUCCUUUCCUAAGUCCAUCACCGAGUCCUCCUUUCUAGGGUGGCCCAAAGCAUUGUGGGAAGGAGCCCCGAAAGGGCUUCCUCUCUGGCCACGUUCACAUGAGCCGGGCCAUUCAGGGGGAGGGGAGGUAGCCCUCUUCCAAGGGGAGCGUGUAUUUCCCCAGCCGUCUCUUAACUCCUCGGGACGAAAAACAGCCAUUAAUUAAAACGUUUUAAGGGUUCACUAAA